CAUUUGUGAUUUCACGUUGGUUCCUGAGUACGGUACUUUGCUUUUAAUCCUCGCAAAAAAAUGUCGCUUCCUGAGGCGAUGUACCUGCGCUAUCAUGGACUUCUGCUUCCCAGAGAAAAUAACUCCUAUGAGAGUUUGAAAUUUGCGCAGGAAUUCAAGUUUGAAGACGACGACAUCCUGGUCGUUACCUACCCAAAGUCAGGUACAAUCUGGAUGCAGGAGAUCCUCCCGCUGGUGCUGAAUGGGGGGGAUCUCACCGUCAUCCAUACCAUUCCUAACUGGGAGAGAGUCCCAUUGAUUCAGACCAAAAGAUUUGCAUUGUUUGUCAAUAAGCUGGCAUCUCCACGGAUGCUGGGCACACAUUUUCCCUACAACCUCAUGCCCCCUUCCUUCUACACCUCCAAAGCCAAGGUGAUCUACAUCAUGAGGAACCCAAAGGACAUCAUGGUGUCUUCAUACUACUUCCAUCAGAUGGCCGGUUUCCUUGAGGAUCCAGGAACCUUUGAUGAGUUUAUGGAUAAAUUUCUCGAGGGUGAAGUUAUGUUUGGAAAAUGGACAGACCACGUGAAGAGCUGGAGAAGCAGUGAACUAGCAGACAGAAUCAUGUAUAUUACAUAUGAAGAAAUGGUUCAGGACCUGCCUGCAUCUCUCAGGCGUAUCUCAGAUUUCCUGGGCCGUAAUCUGACUGAAGAAGUCAUCCAGAAGAUAGCAGAGAAUUGCUCUUUCAAGACAAUGAAGACCAACAACAUGUCUAACUUCAGUCUGAUGCCCAAGGUGUACAUGGACAGUGACAAGUCUCCUUUCCUAAGGAAAGGUACUGUUGGAGACUGGAAAAACCACUUCAGCUCAGAGCAACUGGCCCGAUUCAUAUCAGUGAUUUCCAAAGAGCUGGAGGGUGAGAGCUUCUCUCUGCCAUGGAGCCUGGACUGACCAUCAUCUGCAUACAGAUGUUUUUUUGCGGUCAUUUAACCCUUGUGCUCCCACUGCGUUUGAAUUCACGAGAAUGUGUCCGGGGCACGAAGGACCCCCUCUGCAAUGGGGACUCGCAAACGCGUGAUACAUACGUGGGUCUCAGGUGGGGUCGAACCGACCCCCUGACAGAGUGAAUCUCCAUAGUGCUGCUUAGACCCUGUGUGUGUGUGUGUGUGUGUGUGUGUGCGUGCGUG